AUUCAGUCUUUCUCUUAAGAGUAAACUGGACAAGUUCGUCACUUUGCUAGAACGGAAAUUGUGAACGGAAAUUGUAAACAGAAAUUUACGUUAUCUUGCCAGUGAUUAUUAGAUUCGCGUUGAUUACCAGAGGAAUGGAUGAAUGAAGUAUUCGUUGAUUAAAAUCAUGGAGAUGUCGAUAAUAUUCAAGAUUCUCGCGAUCUGUGGUGUCUGGCGACCGAUUACGUGGUCGUCGCGAUUUAAAACAGUGGUAUACAGCAUCUACACUAUAUUCGUGUUGUGCGUUUCCGUCAACUUCACACUUACUCAGUUGAUUGCCGCGUUGAUAGCGGACAACGUGGACGAUUUCAUCGAGACGACUUAUAUACUUGUUACCGCGAUGGUCGCCUGUGGCAAAAUGGGAAACAUACUGGUUUACCGGAAAAAAUUCAUAGAGAUAAUAAAGAUUUUUCACGAGGAACCCUGCGCCACGUCGGAUACUGAGGAAAUGAAAACUCAGAUGAAAUGCGAUAAGCAGAUACGGAAUAAUACUAUACAGUAUUUGAUAAUGAUAGAAACGUCAGUUAUGACAACUUUAUUAAACUCCAUUAUGGUCGACAUUGGAAACAACCGACUAAUGUACAGAGCCUGGAUACCUUACAAUUAUUCGUCUACAGUUCUUUAUCCAUUAACAUAUAGUCAUCAGGCGAUAGGUCUAUUCUAUUUGUCAUUGCCUCAUGUCGCCGCCGAUGUACUCUUCUUCGGAUUGCUGAUGCAAACUUGUUGCCAAUUCGAAAUCCUCGAAUCUCGCUUGAACCGCAUAAAAACGAACGAAAAGAUGGCACUUAGAAAUUGUCUUCGUCAUCACAACAACAUUUACGAAUUAGCCACGAUGACGAACAACGCGAUGAACGUAACGAUUUUCUCGCAAUUUUUCGGAAGCUUCCUGGUGCUGUGCUUAAGCCUAGUACAGUUAUUGAAACAAGAUAUAAUGAGCGCCGAUUUCUUGGCGACGAUAUUGUAUCUGAGCACGAUUUUGAUACAGAGCUUUCUGUACUGUUGGUACGGGAACGAAGUCAAAUUGAAGAGUAUCUAUAUGGCACAAGUGAUUUUUCAAACCGACUGGACAGAAAUGAACGAACGCACUAAAAAGAUUCUCAUAGUCGCAAUGGCACGCACAACAUCGCCUAUAGUGUAUGAGAGCGCACAUAUUGUGACGGUGAACCUCGACUUCUUCGUGAUUCUGAUUAAAAGCUCUUACUCUCUGUACAACGUACUACAAACAACUAGGAAAUAGCUACUAUGAAGAAAAAGAGGCUUGAUAUUUGAGGUUUUCAUAGCCUUCUGGGUGUAAGGCGUAUACAUUUGAUGAGAUACUCCAUUGUAGCUAUUUCAGAGGUCCAAUGAUAAUUUCAUAGAUUAAUUCGAACACUUACAGUCGAUCCCAUAAGUAUUCCUACCCUGUACAUCUAAGCUACAAUGAGCACGACUUACACCUAGAGAUCGAUUACUAUCAACGACGAGAGAAUAAUAAAUUAAUAAUGAUGAACAAUUUUUCUACGUAAUAAAUCUCAUUCAAUUCAACAAGCUCUG